GAUGCUAAAGUAGUUGUUCUAGCUAAUCUCAAGCCUCGGAACAUGCGUGGCAUUAAGUCGAAUGGAAUGCUAAUGGCUGUUUCUGAUGAAUCUCGUGAAACUGUUGAGCUUCUUUUACCUCCAGAAGGUUCAGUCCCUGGUGAGAGAAUUUGGUUUGGCUCAGAAGAUGGAAAAGAUAGACAACCAGAAGCUGCGACACCUAAUCAGGUCCAAAAGAAGAAGAUAUGGGAAUCGGUCCAACCUCAUCUGAAGACUACAGAUGCUUGUGUGGCUGUUCUCAGAGUGCAUCCAAUGCGGACUUCAGCAGGCAUGGUAACAUGCAGAUCCUUAAAGCAUGCAAGAAUAUCUUGAUAUGAAAAUUCUUCAUGUUGCCAUGACCUGCGAAAUUUCUUUGAUGCCAAUUUCUAGAUCUCAUCAGCUAUUCAAAUUCAGUUGACAGCCAUGUGCAAUCAAAUUCAUUUUGUAAGACUCUGAACUACAAGGCCAUGAAGAAAAAGCAAAAACAAUUGAUGCACAAUAAGUAUUUGAACCAUUUCAUCUCCCCA